AUGGCGGACUCGGGCUCUUCCGUGCGCGGCUCCCUGCUGCAGCUGCAGGCGUGCUCGUCCGCCGAGGACCGCUGCAGUUCCGCGCUGGCCGGCUUCCAGCUGAUCCGGAGCCUGGGGCAGGAGUGUGUGCUGUGCAGCGACUCGGCGCUGCUGGCAUUACAGACUUCCUUAAUUUUUUCCAAGGAGUUCGGUUUGCUUAUAUUUGUUCGAAAGUCACUUAACAUUGAGGAAUUUCGUGAUUGUAGAGAAGAAAUUCUUAAAUUUUUAUGUAUUUAUGUAGAAAAAAUUGGCCAAAAGAUUGCACCUUAUUCUCUUGAUAUUAAGACUACUUGUACCAGUGUUUAUACAAAAGAUAAAGCUGCUAAAUGCAAGAUUCCAGCUCUAGAACUAAUUAUUAAGUUACUUCAGACUUUGAGAAGUUCUAGACUCAUGGAAGAAUUUAGAGUUGGAGAAUUAUUUAACAAAUUCUAUGGAGAACUUGCAUCAAAAACAAAAUUACCAGAUACAGUUUUAGAAAAAAUAUAUGAGCUUCUAGGAGUAUUAGGUGAAGUUCAUCCUAGUGAGAUGGUGAAUAAUUCAGAAAAUCUGUUCCGGGCUUUUUUGGGAGAACUUAAAUCCCAGAUGACAUCCACCGUAAGAGAGCCCAAACUACUUGUUGUGGCCGGAUGUUUGAAGGGAUUAACGUCACUUAUGUAUAACUUCACUAAAUCUAUGGAAGAAGAUCCCCAGACUUCACAGGAAAUUUUUGAUUUUGCUUUAAAAGCAAUUUCUCCUCAGGUUGAUCUGAAGCGGUAUGCAGUGCCCUCAGCUGGCUUACACUUAUUUGCAGUGCAUGCAGCACAAUUUAGCACUUGCCUUCUGGACAACUAUGUUUCUUUAUUUGAAGUAUUGUCAAAAUGGUGUAGCCAUACAAAUGUAGAAUUGAAAAAAGCUGCACUUACAGCCCUGGAAUCUUUUCUGAAACAGGUUUCUUUUAUGGUGGCCAAAGAUGCAGAACUGCAUAAAUAUAAGCUGCAGUACUUUAUGGAGCAAUUCUAUGGAAUCAUCAGGAACGUGGAUUCAAGCAGCAAGGAUUUGUCCAUUGCGAUUCGUGGAUAUGGACUUUUUGCUGGGCCUUGCAAGAUUAUAAAUGCCAAAGAUGUUGACUUCAUGUAUGUAGAACUCCUCCAGCGCUGCAAGCAGCUCUUCCUCAUGCAGACAGACACUGCUGAAGACCACAUUUACCAGAUGCCCAGCUUUCUCCAGUCCAUUGCAAGUGUUUUGCUUCAUCUUGAUAAUAUUCCAGAGUUGUAUACUCCAGUUCUAGAACAUCUCCUUGUGUUACAGAUGGACAGUUUUCCACAGUAUAGUCCAAAAAUGCAGUCAGUAUGUUGUAGAACUAUAGUAAAAAAUUUCCUGGCCCUCGCACAAAAAGGCCCAGUUCUGUGGAACUGCAUUAGUACUGUGGUACAUCAGGGUUUAAUCAGGAUAUGUUCUAAGCCAGUGAUCCUUCAAAAGGGUGCUGAGUCUGAGUCCGAAGACCCUCGAGUAUCAGGGGAAGUCAGAACUGGCAAAUGGAAGGUUCCAACCUUCAGAGACUAUUUGGAUCUCUUCAAAAAUCUCCUAAGCUGUGACCAGAUGAUGGAUUCUUUUAUAGCAGACGAAACAUUUUUCUUUGAGAAUUUCUCCCUUCAAAGUCUGAGUCAUUUGCUAUAUGAUGAAUUUGUAAAAUCCAUUUUGAAACUUGUUGAAAAAUUGGACCUUACGCUAGAAAAACAGAAUGCUGGAGGAAAAGAGGAUGAAAAUGAAGCUACUGGUUUGUGGGUGAUCCCAACUUCAGAUCCUGCUGCUUACUUGCAUCCUGUUAAACCUAAAGAUUUCUCAGCUUUUAUUAACCUUGUGGAAUUUUGCAGAGAGAUUCUUCCUGAGAAGCAUGUAGAAUUUUUUGCACCCUGGGUCUACUCAUUUGCACGUGAGCUUGUCUUGCAGUCAACACGGCUUCCACUCGUUAGUGGUUUCUACAAGCUGCUUUCUGUUGUUGUGAGAAAUGCUAGGAAAAUAAAAUACUUUGAGGGAGUUACUACAGAGAAUCAAAAACAGUCAUCUCAGGAUCCAGAGAAGUAUUCUUGCUUUGCAUUGUUUGCAAAAUAUGGCAAAGAGGUAUCAGUUAAGAUGAAACAAUAUAAAGAUGAACUAUUGGCUUCCUGUUUGACCUUUGUCCUGACCUUACCACAUGAAAUUAUUGAACUUGAUAUUAGAGCAUAUGUUCCUGCCUUGCAGAUGGCUUUUAAGCUGGGUCUGAGUUACACACCAUUGGCAGAAAUAGGUCUCAAUGCUUUGGAAGAAUGGUCAUUUUAUAUCAGCAAAAAUGUAAUUCAGCCCUAUUAUAAAGAUAUUUUACCAAGUCUUGAUGGAUAUCUAAAAAUUUCAAUCUUAUCAGACGAGACUACGAAUAACUUGGAAGUAUCAGCACUUUCUCAGGCUGCCCAGAGAGGAUUUAAUAAGGUUGUCUUAAAAUACCUGAAAAGAUCGAAAACCAUUUCAUCGAGUGAAGCAUUGUCCUUACAAGAAAUAAGAAUUAGAGUAGUGAAGCUGCUUGGCUCAUUAGGAGGUCAAAUAAACAAAAACCUACUAGCAGCUGCAUCCUCAGAUGAAAUGAUGAAGAAGUACGUGGCAUGGGACAGAGACAAAAAGCUCAGUUUUGCAGUGCCAUUUGUAGAAAUGAAGCCAGUCAUUUAUCUAGACACGUUCUUGCCUCGAAUCACGGAAUUAGCUCUUUCAGCUAGUGACAGACAAACUAAAGUUGCAGCUUGUGAACUUUUACACAGCAUGGUUGUGUUCAUGCUGGGAAAAGCUACUCAAAUGCCUGAAGAUGGUCAGGGCUCCCCACCCAUGUACCGGCUCUACAAAAGAACUUUUCCUGUUCUCCUUCGACUUGCAUGCGAUGUGGAUCAGGUUACAAGGCAACUGUAUGAGCCACUAGUUAUGCAGCUGAUACAUUGGUUCACCAGCAAUAAAAAAUUUGAAAGUCAAGAUACCGUUGCCUUACUAGAAACAAUAUUGGAGGGAAUUGUGGACUCUGUUGACAGUACUUUAAGAGAUUUUUGUGGCCGGUGUGUUCAAGAAUUCCUUAAGUGGUCCAUUAAGCAGACAACACCACAGCAGCAGGAAAGAAGUCCAGUAAACACCAAAUCACUUUUCAAGCGAUUAUAUAGCCUUGCACUUCAUCCCAAUGCUUUCAAGAGACUAGGAGCAUCACUUGCUUUUAAUAAUAUAUACAGGGAAUUCAGGGAAGAAGAAACUCUAGUUGAACAAUUUGUGUUUGAAGCCUUGGUUAUAUAUAUGGAAAGUCUGUCCUUAGCACAUGCAGAUGAAAAAUCCUUAGGUACAAUUCAACAGUGUUGUGAUGCCAUUGAUCACUUAAGCUACAUCAUUGAAAAGAAGCAUAAUUCAUUAAACAAAGCAAAAAAGCGUCGUUGGCCACGAGGAUUUCCACCUGGUGAACCAUUGUGUUUACUGAAUUUGGUCCAGUGGCUUUUAGCCCAUUGUGGAAGGCCCCAGGCAGAAUAUCGACACAAAUCCCUGGAACUCUUUUAUAAGUUUGUGCCUUUGUUGCCAGGCAACAAAUCCCCUUCUUUAUGGCUAAAAGAUGUUAUUGAGAAAGAAGGCAUGUCAUUUCUUAUAAACAUAUUUGAAGGGGGAGGAAGCAACUGUGACCAACCAUCAGGCAUCCUUGCUCAACCAACCCUCUCACAUUUGCAAGGACCAUUCAGUCUCAGGGCCACACUGCAGUGGAUGGACAUGCUUCUGGCAGCACUAGAGUGCUACAAUACAUUUAUUGAAGAGAAAACCCUGGAAGUAUCUGAGUUUCUUGGUGGUGAAGUGCAGUCUUCACUUUGGAGAGCGGUGGCUUUCUUUUUAGAAAGCAUAGCUAUGCAUGAUAUUACAGCAGCAGAGAAGUGCUUUGGCACUGGGGCAGUAGGUAACAGUUUUAGCCCUCAAGAAGGAGAAAUAUAUAAUUACAGUAAGUGUACAGUUGUGGUUCGACUAAUGGAAUUCAUCACGACACUGCUCUGUGCCUCUCCAGACCACUGCUCGAUCCUUGAAAAUGACGUAUGCAGCAGAAUCUUCCUGACACUCCUGGUGAAGGCAGUAUGUGAGCCUUCAAGCAUAGGCUUUAAUACUGGUGACAUUCUAGUCAUGAAUCAUCUUCCUAAUGUCUGUGUGAACCUGAUGAUAGCACUAAAGAAGUCCCCAUACAAAAAUACCCUAGAAAUGCAUGUCAAGGAAAAAAUAACCACUCGAAGUGUUGAGGAGCUCUAUACUGCUCAUGGGAACAGGACCAUGCUGACAUCCAUUGUAUCAGCUUGUAAACAACUUCAUAAAGCUGGGUUUCUACAUGUGGUAUUGCCAUCUCAAUCUACAGAUGAGCAUCGUUCAUUUGCCACAAAACUUUUGUCCAUGGUUUAUAAAAGCAUUGCGCCUGCAGAUGAUGGACAGAAUCUUCCUUUGCUGGACCCCAGUUAUAAGCGAAUAGCCAGUGGACUUCUGGAAUUGGCCUUUGCUUUUGGAAGAGUGAGUGAGCACCUUGUAAAUAUUCUCCUGGACAGAGCAGUGUUAUCCAUGCCAUCCUCAGGAGGGUUGCAGAAAAACAUCAUCACUGUACCCCACGGAGAGUAUUUUUAUAGCUUGUUCCCAGAAAUCAUCAAUACUGAACUAUUGAAAAAUGUAGAUCUUGCUGUGUUGGAACUCAUGAAAUCAUCUGAGGUUAAUCCCAGAAUGGUGAGCACCAUUUUGAGUGGACUCUUAGAUCAGAGCUUUAGGGAUCGAGCCAGUCAGAAACACCAAGGGCUGAAACUUACAACUACAAUUCUGCAGAACUGGAAGAAGUGUAAUUCUUGGUGGGCCAAAGAUUCUACUACAGAAAGUAAAACAGCAGUGUUGACAUUACUGGCAAAAAUUUUGCAGAUUGAUUCUUCUGUAUCUUUUAAUGCAAAUCAUAGCACAUUCCAUGAAGUCUUUACAACGUAUUCUAGUUUACUUGUUGAUCCAAAAUUGGGUUUAUAUUUAAAGGGACAAGCUGUGAUUCUUCUUCCAUUUUUCACCAACCUCACUGGAAGUAGUCUGGAAGACCUGCGGCAUGUUCUUGAAAAGUUUAUUGUUUCCAAUUUCCCAAUGAAGUCUGAAGAAUUUCCCCCUGGAACUCUGCAGUACAACAGCUAUGUGGACUGUAUGAAAAAGUUUCUAGAUGCAUUGGAAUUAUCUCAAAGUCCUAUGCUAUUGCAGUUGAUGACAGAUAUUCUUUGUCGGGAACAGCAACAUGUUAUGGAAGAAUUAUUUCAGUCCACUUUCAAAAAGGUUAUGAGAAAGAGUCGAUGUGCCACACAAGUAGAGCUCUUGGAAAGUGUGUACGGAAUGUUCCGGAGGGAUGACCUACUUUCAAAUGUCACUCGCCAAGCAUUUGUAGAUCGUUCUCUUCUCACUCUGUUGUGGCACUCUGACCUGAAUACAUUGAAAGAAUUUUUUAGCAAAAUUGUGGUGGAUGCCAUUAAUGUAUUGAAGUCCAGAUUUACAAAGCUAAAUGAAUCUACUUUUGAUACUCAACUCACUAAGAAGAUUGGCUAUUUCAAGAUUCUAGAAGUAAUGUAUUCUCGUCUUUCGAAAGAGGAUGUUCACUCAAAAGAAUCUAAGAUUAAUCAUUCUUUUCAUGGAUCAUGUGUAACUGAAGGAAAUGAACUUACAAAGAUACUUAUUAAAUUGUGCUAUGAUGUAUUUACAGAGAACAUGGCGGGUGAGACUCAGUUGCUAGAGAAGAGAAGACUUUAUCAUUGUGCUGCCUACAACUGUGCCAUUUCUGUUGUCUGUUGUGUCUUCAGUGAGUUAAAAUUUUACCAAGGUUUUCUCUUCAGUGAAAAACCAGAAAAGAACUUGUUUAUUUUUGAAAAUCUGAUAGAUCUAAAGCGUUGCUAUACAUUUCCAGUGGAAGUUGAGGUUCCUAUGGAAAGAAGAAAAAGGUACUUUGAAAUUCGGAAAGAAGCCAGGGAAGCAGCAAGUGAGGACUCAGGUGGUCCUCAUUAUAUAUCUUCCUUGUCAUAUUUGGCAGACAGUAGCCUGAGUGAGGAAAUGAGUCAAUUUGAUUUCUCAACUGGAGUUCAGAGCUAUUCAUAUAGUUCCCAACACACUAAAUCUACCACUGGUCAUUUUCGGAAAUGGGAAAAUAAAGACACCAUGACCCCAAAUGAUGUUCUGGAGUUAGAGAUGGAUGAACUCAAUCAACAUGAGUGUAUGGCAACCAUGACUGCCCUGAUAAAGCACAUGCAGAGAUGUCAGACUCUACAGAAGGAAGAGGGUUCAGUGCCACAAAGUCUUCCUCCUUGGAUGAAAUUUCUUCAUGAUAAACUAGGAAAUCCAUCCAUAUCAUUGAAUAUUCAUCUCUUUAUAGCCAAGCUUAUUAUCAAUACAGAGGAAGUCUUUCGCCCAUAUGCAAAGUAUUGGCUUAGUCCCUUGUUACAGCUGGUUGUGUCUGAAAACAAUGGAGGAGAAGGAAUUCACUAUAUGGUGGUGGAGAUAGUGGUCACGAUUCUUUCAUGGACAGGAUUAGCCACGCCUGUAGGAGUCCCUAAAGAUGAAGUGUUAGCAAAUCGCCUGCUGCAUUUCCUGAUAAAGCAUGUUUUUCAUCAAAAAAGAGCUGUGUUUAGACAUAACCUGGAAAUUAUAAAAACUCUUGUUGAGUGCUGGAAGGAUUGUUUAUCUAUCCCUUACAGAUUAAUAUUUGAAAAGUUUUCUAGUAAAGAUCAUAAUUCUAGAGACAAUUCAGUCGGAAUUCAAUUAUUAGGCAUUGUAAUGGCCAAUAACCUGCCACCCUAUGACCCAAAAUGUGGCAUAGAGUGUCUAAAAUAUUUUCAAGUUUUGGUCAAUAAUAUGUCCUUCAUAAAAUAUAAAGAGGUGUAUGCAGCAGCAGCAGAAGUUCUAGGACUCAUUCUUCAAUAUAUUUCUGAGAAAGAAUAUACACUGAAGGAAUCCAUAUAUGAAUUGAUUGUAAAACAAUUGAGACAGCAUCAGAACACAAUGGAAGACAAAUUCAUCGUGUGCUUGAACAAAACUGUGAAGCAUUUCCCUCCUCUCGCUGACAAGUUUAUGAACUCAGUUUUCUUCCUGCUGCCCAAAUUCCAUGGUGUAAUGAAGACUCUAUGUCUGGAGGUGGUUCUGUGUCGUGCAGAGAUGAUAACAGACCUGUACUUGCAGUUAAAGAGUAAAGAUUUUAUUCAACUCAUGAAGCACAGAGAUGAUGAAAGGCAAAAAGUAUGUUUGGACAUAGUUUAUAAGAUGAUGCCAAAACUGAAACCAGCAGAACUUCGAGAAAUCUUGAAUCCUGUAACAGAAUUCAUUUCCCAUCCUUCUCCAGUAUGUAGGGAGCAAAUGUAUAAUAUUCUCAUGUGGAUUCAUGACAAUUACCGUGAUCCAGAAAGUCAAGCAAAUGAUGACUCCCAAGAACUAUUUAAAUUGGCAAAAGAUGUAUUGAUUCAAGGAUUGAUGGAUGAAAACCUUGGACUUCAGUUAAUUAUUCGAAACUUCUGGAGUCAUGAAACUAGAUUACCAUCAAAUAUCUUGGCCCGAUUAUUGGCACUAAAUUCUUUAUAUUCUCCAAAGAUAGAAAUGCAUUUUUUAAGCUUAGCAACAGAUUUUCUCCUUGAAAUGACCAGCAUGAGCCCAGAUUAUCCAAACCCUAUCUUUGAGCAUCCUCUGUCUGAGUGUGAAUUUCAGGAAUAUACUGUUGAUUCUGACUGGCGUUUUCGAAGCACUGUUCUUACUCCCAUGUUUAUCGAGACUCAGGCUACCCAGAACACUCAUCAAACCCGGACCCAGGAAGGAUCCCUGCCAACUCAAGGGGCGGUGGCACGGCAGAUACGGGCUACCCAGCAGCAUUAUGAAUUCACACCCACACUAAAUGCAGAUGGAAAGAGCACCUUUAACUGGCUGACAGGGAGCACCAUUGAACUGCAAGGAAAUUAUACAACCUCUUCAUCCUUUGAUUCCUCCUUAUCAUCUUCCUUGCUGUUUGCACAUCAGAGGAGAGAACAGUCACAGAGAACAUCUUGGAAGUUAGUGGGACCUGAUUUUGGGAAGACACGACUAGGCCUACCCGGAGAUGAAGUGGAUAACAAAGCAAAAGAUAUAGACAAUCGGGUUGAAAUAUUAAGAUUACGCAGACGAUUUUUAAAGGACCGAGAAAAACUUAGUUUGAUUUAUGCCAGAAAAGGUUUGGCUGAGCAAAAACGAGAGAAGGAGCUCAAGAAUGAGUUGAAAAUGAAGCAAGAUGCCCAUGUUGUUUUGUACAGAAGUUAUCGACAAGGCGACCUUCCCGACAUUCAGAUUAAAUACAGUAGCCUUAUCACCCCCUUGCAAGCUGUGGCCCAGAGAGAUCCCAUAAUUGCAAAACAGCUCUUUGGCAGUUUAUUUUCUGGAAUUAUGAAGGAAAUGGAUAAAUAUAAAACUGUAUCUGAAAAAAACAACAUCACUCAAAAACUGCUGCAGGACUUCAAUCAUUUUCUUAAUACUUCAUUUUCUUUUUUUCCACCUUUCAUUUCUUGUAUCCAGGAAAUCAGUUGCCAGCACACAGACUUGCUGAAUCUGGACCCAGCGUCUGUGGGUGCAGGCUGCCUAGCUAGCCUGCAGCAGCCUGGGGGCAUCCGCCUGUUGGAGGAGGCUCUGCUACAGCUAGCACCACAGGAGCCACCUGCCAAGCGAGUACGUGGGAAACACCAUCAUGCUCCUGAUACUGUCAGAUGGAUGGAGCUUGCCAAACUCUACAGAUCAAUUGGGGAAUAUGACAUCCUCCACGGAAUUCUUAGUAGUGAGAUAGGAAUAAAGCAAAUCACUCAGAAUGCAUUACUAGCAGAAGCGAGAAGUGAUUAUUCUGAAGCUGUUAAGCAAUAUAAUGAGGCUCUGAACAAACAAGAGUGGGAGGAUGGUGACACUCCUUCAGAAGCAGAGAAGGAUUUUUGGGAACUUGCAUCCCUUGACUGCUACAACCACCUUGCUGAAUGGCAGUCCUUGGAGUACUGUUCCACGGUCAAUGUGGACACUAAAAACCCUCCAGACCUAAAUAAAAUAUGGAGUGAACCAUUCUACCAGGAAACCUAUCUACCAUACAUGAUCCGCAGCAAGCUGAAGCUGCUGCUCCAUGGAAAGGGUGACCAGUCCUUGCUAACAUUUAUUGAUGAAGCUGUGAAUAAGGAGCUGCAGAAGGUACUCAUAGAGCUGCAGUACAGUCAGGAGUUAAGUCUCCUUUAUCUUCUACAAGAUGAUAUCGAUAGAGCCAAGUAUUAUAUUGAACAUUGCAUUCACAUUUUCAUGCAGAAUUAUUCUAGUAUUGAUGUCCUCUUAUGCAGAAGUAGACUCACUAAAUUACAGUCUGUGCAAACUUUAAUAGAAAUUCAGGAGUUCAUUAGCUUUAUAAGCAAACAAGGUAAUUUAUCAUCUCAAGCUCCUCUUAAGAGACUUAUAAAAACCUGGACAAACAGAUACCCAGAUUCUAAAACAGAUCCAUUGAACAUCUGGGAUGACAUAAUUUCAAAUCGAUGUUUCUUCCUCAACAAAAUAGAAGAAAAAAUUGCUCAGUUUUCAGAUGAUCAUAACAUGAGCAUAGAUGGGGAUGGAGAGUCCCAAGACAGGCCAGACAUACAAGAGCACAAGGAAAUGAAUUUUCAGAUAAAGAGUUGUAAGUUUUCCAUGAAAAUGAAGAUGAUAGAAAGUGCAAGAGAACAGAACAAUAACUCACUUGCAAUGAAACUUCUGAAGGAGCUGUAUAAAGAGUCAAAAACAAGAGACGAUUGGCAAGUGCAAUGGGCCCAUAACUAUUGCCAGCUCAGCCACAGCCGAAGUCGGAGCCAGAGCCAGAGCCAUAGUGAACAAGUCCUCACUCUACUGAAAACAGUUUCCAUCCUAAGUGAAAACACAUCCAGUUUCUUAAGUAAAAAUCGUCCAGCUUUUCGUCAUCAAAACAUUAUCUUGGGCACAACUUACCAGAUGAUAUCUGAUGCCCUCAGUAGUGACCCAAAUUGCCUUACUGAAAUAGAAGAAAACAAGGCUCGAAAAAUCUUGGAGCUUUCUGGAUACAGUUUAGGAAGUACGGAAAAGGUGAUUUCAGGUCUUCAUCAGAAAGCCUUUCAUCACUUCUCCCAGGCUGUGCAGACAGCUGAAGAGGAGGCUGAGGCUUGUAGUAGAGGCCAAGAAGUUACAGCUGGCAUGGUCGAUGCCUACAUGACACUCGUGGAUUUCUGUGACCAACAGCUUCGCAAGCAGGAGGAGGGUGAAUCAGCUAUCGAUUCUCUAGAACUGCAAAUGUAUCCAGCCCUUGUAGUAGACAAAAUGUUGAAAGCUUUAAAAUUCCAUUCCAGUGAAGCCCGAUUAAAAUUUCCCAGACUACUGCAAAUUGUAGAAAAAUAUCCAGAGGAGACCCUGAGCCUAAUGAAGAAGGAGAUUUCCUUCAUUCCUUGCUGGCAGUUUAUUGGCUGGAUCAGCCAUAUGGUGGCCCUGCUAGACAAAAAUGAAGCUGUGGCUGUCCAGCACACCGUGGAAGAGAUUGCUGACAAUUAUCCACAAGCCAUUGUCUACCCAUUUAUAAUAAGCAGUGAAAGCUAUUCCUUUCCAGAUACUUCUGCUGGGCAAAAGAAUAAGGAGUUUGUGGAAAGGAUUAAAGCUAAGUUGGAGCAAGGAGGAGUUAUUCAAGAUUUUAUUAAUGCCCUAGAACAACUCUCUAACCCUGAAAUGCUCUUUAAGGACUGGACUGAGGAGAUCAAAGAUAAACUUGCAAAAGCCACUGUAAAUAAAAAAACUAUUGAAAAGAUGUAUGCAAGAAUGUAUGCUUGCUUGGGAGAUCCAAAAGCUGCAGGCAUCGGGGAUUUUAGAAGGAAAUUUGCUCAGGGUUUUGGAAAAGAAUUUGACAAACACUUUGGGAGAGGAGGUUCUAAGCUUCUUGGAAUGAAGCCCCAUGACUUCAAUGAUAUUGCCAAUCAAUUACAUUUAAAAAUGUGCAAAGACUCCAAACCACCUGGCAAUCUGAAGGAAUAUUCACCCUGGAUGACCAACUUCCGAGCAGAAUUCUUGAGACAUGAACUGGAGAUUCCUGGCCAGUAUGAUGGUAGAGGAAAGCCACUACCGGAAUACCACGCACGCAUUGCUGGCUUUGAUGAGCGGGUAAAAGUAAUGUCUUCUAUCAGAAAACCAAAGCGCAUCAUCAUUCGGGGCCAUGAUGAGAAAGACUACCCUUUUCUGGUGAAAGGAGGUGAAGAUCUGCGACAGGACCAGAGAAUUGAGCAGCUCUUUGAAGUCAUGAACAUCAUCCUGUCUCAAGAUGCUGCCUGUAGCCAGAGAAAUUUGCAGUUGAAGACUUACCAUGUCAUACCCAUGACCUCUAGGUUAGGAUUAAUUGAAUGGAUUGAAAAUACACUUACCUUGAAGGAACUUCUUUUGAGUAAUAUGUCUCCUGAGGAGAAAACAGCUUACAAUAGUGAUCCCAAAGCACCGGCAUUAGAAUAUAGAGACUGGCUUACCAAGAUAACUGGAAGAUUUGAUGCUGUUGCAUACAUGCUAAUGUAUAAAGGAGCUAGUCGUACUGAAACAGUCACAUCCUUUAGAAGGAGAGAAAAUAAAGUGCCGCCUGAUCUCUUAAAGCGAUCCUUCAUGGCUAUGAGCACUGGCCCAGAGGCCUUCCUUGCACUGCGUUCCCAGUGUGCCAGCUCUCAUGCUCUUCUAUGCAUCAGUCACUGGGUUUUGGGAAUAGGAGACAGACACCUGAACAAUUUCAUGGUAAGCAUGGAGACAGGCACCAUGAUUGGAAUCGACUUUGGACAUGCAUUUGGAUCAGCUACACAGUUUCUGCCUGUCCCUGAGUUGAUGCCUUUUCGUCUGACUCGUCAGUUUAUCAAUCUGAUGUUACCAAUGAAAGAAACAGGCAUCACGUACAACGUUAUGGUUCAUGCACUUCGAGCCUUCCGGUUGCAGAGCAGCCUUCUCACUAGCACCAUGGAUGUGUUUAUCAAGGAGCCUUCCUUCGACUGGAAAAAUUUUGAACAAAAAAUGCUGAAAAAAGGAGGAUCAUGGAUUCAAGAAAUAAAUGUAAAUGAAAAAAAUUGGUAUCCCCUCCAGAAAGUGCAAUAUGCCAAGAGAAAGUUAGCAGGUGCCAAUCCAGCAGUUAUUACUUGUGAUGAAUUGUUUUUGGGCUUUGAGAAGGCAUCUGUCUUUAGAGAUUUCACAGCUGUCGCUCGAGGAAGCAAAGACCACAACAUUCGUGCCCAGGAGCCAGAGAGUGGACUUUCAGAAGAGACUCAGGUGAAGUGCUUGAUUGACCAGGCAACAGAUCCCAACAUACUGGGCAGAACUUGGAUUGGUUGGGAGUCCUGGAUGUAAAUUUCAUAAGAUCCAGCAGAUAAAAAGUAUUCCAGUGGUUAAAGACUUUUGUAAACCUUUUUCUACUGCAAUCAAUUCCUGAAGAUCUAAAGAAAGCUACUUGUUUUGUAGCACAAAAUUAAUCAAGAUUAUGAUGAAUUAGUAAAAUUAGUAAUGAGUGAAUGACCAGGUCAUAUAUCUGGCUCACACAAAUAUUAACCCAGGACUAUACCAUAUUAUAAGUGCUAUUGAUUUUUAAAAUAACUGUUAAUAAAUGGUGUGUGAACAUUC